CCGACUUUUUCGUUAAGUCUACAUAACCACACUCUGGCAAAGUUUGUUGUGAAAAAUUUCUCCUCUGUGAAAAUCUAUGAAAAAGUAUAGUUUUUCCUCAAUCACCAGCAAUGUCUCAAAUGGAGCAAUCUGCUUGUGAAGACUUGAAAGCCUUCGAGAGGCGAUUGACGGAAGUGAUUGCAGCCCUCCAUCCGCCCACACUUCGCUGGAGAAUAAUCCUCUUUGUGAUAUCCACGCUAACAGCGCUGGGCGCUUGGUAUUGGCUGACAGAUCCUCGGACAUCAGUUGUUCCAUUCACAGAAUCCCUGCUGAAUCAUCCAAUUUUCACAGUUGGCAUCAUCAUCCUCGGUAUGAUGCUCUUCGCAUACGGAAUCCAUAGACUCGUCAUAGCACCGCAAAUAAUCACAUCACGCACGAGAACUGUCCUCAACGACUUCAACAUGUCCUGCGACGACACGGGGAAGCUCAUUCUGAGGCCACGACCAACAAGUUAGGAAGUAAUAAAAUGAAUAUGAAGGAGAGAAAAUUUAUUGGAAAAUUCUAUUUA